AAACUCAACAAAACAAACUGUUAAAAGUUUCUUUAUGAAAUAUAAAAAUUUUAAAAAUAUACUCAUGAUGUAGGGUAUUAUAUGGUCGGCCAAGCCCGACUAUACUUUCCUACUUGUUUUAGAUGUUAAAAUCAUUAGCAAAAGUGCAUAAUACCCACUUUAGUGAUGUAGGGUAUAAAAAGAAUGUAUAGUCAUACAUAGCCGACAACUUGUUUUCCAAAAAGGGGUUAUUUUUAUCAGUUGUUUCUUGUUUCUACCAUUUUUCAAGGGCUUCUUCCUUGGGUCAUAUGUGUCAAAUUUCAUCAAACUAUCUUGAAAAUUUACGACCUGUAGUGUGUGCAUUCAGAGACAGACAGACAUACAGACAGACAUAGAAAUUGAUUCUGUGCGGAUUUGCUAUACUCUUAAGUGGUGUUGGACCAUUAUUUUUGGAUAUACUAUAGUAGUGUAGGGUAUAAUUAUAACUCUCAAACAAUAAACUAAAAAUAAAACUUUAUGUAAAAAUUUCACAACUUUUUAAAUCGUCUCCAUCCUUAAUAAUUUUGACCUUUUUUUUUAAAUGUACCUUUAGUAGGAUCCCUGUGAUUUCGAAGAGGUCUACUCAGUGUUCCUUUUCAAUCACCUAAAUGUAUAUUGUAUUAAUUAAAAUAAAUACAAAAAAUAUACAAUAUUGUCACAACAAUAAGCUAUUUUAAUUAUUGCACAUUUGAUGCUAUAAAACACCUGCUUAUAUUAAAAAUAUUUUUAUUUAUUAAAAUAAAGUAAAACCAUUUAAUUCGUAUUACACUUCAAUAAGAAAAAAAACUCGAAACAAAAUGAAUAUAUAUUUGCAUUUAAUAUUCAUAUUUUAUUUAUUACUAAAUUCCAUAAUUACAAUACAGACACAGGCUGCUCAAUGUCCUGCUAAUGAAUUAUACUAUACUGAUCCCUCACCUAUGUGUGAUGUUAAUUGUCAGAAUUUACAACGUCGUUGUCCUAUAACAUCAAUACGUCCAGUGGCUGGUUGUUAUUGUCGACCAAAUUAUGCUCGUAAUUUACAACAAAGAUGUAUACCGCGUCAGCUGUGUGGUGGAGUUUUAAAAAAGUUAUUAUUUUAAAUUUAUGAAGUGUUUAAUUUAAAAUUUGUUUGGGUUUCUUUAUUGUUUUUUUUAUUUUUUAGUUAAAAAAUUGUGAUAGUAAUGAAAUACCGAUUUCGCCUAAUUUGACUAAUUGUGAAAAGAUAUGUCCGAUUGUAUCUGUUGUUUUACGUACGUCCGUUUGUUAUCACAUCAUGGAAAGGCGUUGCAUAUGUGCUGCACAAUAUUGUCGCAAUCAACGUGCUCAAUGUGUUCGAAAUUUUAAAAUAAAUUUUUUAAAUAUAUAUAAUUUUUAAUGAAAAACUAAAUUUUUGUUGCAGAUAUCUCUAUUGGAAAAGUUAAAUAUUUGAAAUGUUUAGAAUUGAAAGAAUCAAAUUUUUCUGACAAGUUUUUCUACUUCCUAAAAAAUAUAAAUACAAUGUAUAUUAUGUUUAAAUGGAAGAUACGUUUAAAGUUAUUUUUAUUUAAAUUUCCGUUAAUUAUUUCGUUUUAGAUUGUGGCCCUAAUGAAUCACGCAUUAUUUUAUUGUCUGGUUGUGAAAAGAUUUGUCGUACUUCUCCGACUGGUUUGCGGGUGUCAAUUUGUUAUCGAAUUCACGAAAGACGUUGCGUUUGUUCUAUAGACUUCUGCCGCAAUCGACGUAAUCAAUGUGUAAAAAAUAUUUAAAAAAAUUUUAUAUUAAAAAUAAAAAUUUACAUGUUUUAUUUUAAAUAUUA